AUGGCUCAUGAAGCUCCCAAUACUUCCUGGCGGGAUGACCAACAAGGUGCUCACGUUUCCCAACCAAUUCACCCCGCGCGAUACAGGUCUUGUGCGCGCAACAGGUCGAAUCUCACCUACCGCGACGUUCUUCACGAGAAAAUCACUGCUAGUGAGGCUGGUACCGAGGCUCUUCGCGCGAUCUUGUAUGCGCCUCCCGCUUACGGUCUCCCUGUUCGCUGUCUUUUGGCAUUCUUCUCUGCAUCUGUCAUCUAUGUCGUCUCUUUCGGCGGAUCCCUUGUUGACAUGUCGAUAAGUGGCUUGUGCACCUGCUGUUUACAAUACUUUGGAUGGAAUGCUGCCCACAAGAGAUCCAUGAUAUCCGUCUCUAUCAUCGUCGCCUUCGUGGCGAGAGGUUUAAGCGAUGUUCCCCGUAACAUUUUUUGUCACAACGCAAUAUCGUCUGCCGGUGAAUCAUCAUUCUCUCAGGAUUUACUGUUUCAAAAAGUGUUCAGACCUUCGACCUGGGCCACCUCGUCAAAGGCUGUUAUCGCGACCCUUCGGAGCAUCCAACUUCCCGUCAUGGUAACUUUUGCAUGUUGCUCCUAUGCUGCUAAUCGAGCUGCAAGUAUCGUUCUCCCUAACCGUAGUGAUAUUGUGUCCGCCGCGAGAGCGUUUGUAAUUGGAUUGCUUGGGAAUGUAUAUUCUCGUCUCCUCGGUGGGACUGCAUUCACUUCUAUGGUUACUGGAGUGCUGUUCCUGGUUCCUUCCGGCAUAGCUCAAGACGGAGGCUUGACACAGAAUUUUCACAGCUCUGCGGAGCAAUACUCGACAGAAUUCUCUCUGGCCCUGCGGAUGAUAUCCCGGGUAGCAUCCGGAGUGACUAUUGGGUUGUUCGUGAGCCAAGUCAUCGUAUACUUGUUCGGCACAAGGAAAAAUGCGGUUCACUUCGCUUUCUGA